GGUACUGAGCGGAACGACCAAAACUGCCCGCGGCUGCCGCGUCGUAAGGACGAAAAAACCCUAACCGUGACGCUCUGCCAGGAGGACCAUUGAAAAUGCAUUCCCCGCAAAUUUUGACCAGGAACCAUCGACAACAAUGGCAAGAGCAGAAUCAUCCAAAGACGCACAAACGAAUGGCGUGAAAGCGCAGUCGGCUAGCACAUCUGCCAAUUAUGAACUGCCAUGUACCGGCCCGUAUUCUUGGACGAUAUCGUCGGCAACACAGAAACGAUCGAACGACUAAAGAUCAUUGCCAAAGAUGGCAACAUGCCCCACGUCAUCAUUAGUGGAACACCAGGUAUCGGAAAGACGACUUCGGUUCUCUGCCUCGCACGACAAUUACUCGGAGAUGCAUACAAAGAGGCUGUAUUGGAGCUCAACGCCUCAGACGAGCGUGGUAUCGAUGUGGUGCGAAACAGAAUCAAAGGCUUUGCACAGAAAAAGGUCACAUUGCCGCCAGGCCGCCAGAAGAUCGUCAUCCUUGAUGAGGCGGACAGCAUGACAUCGGGCGCACAGCAGGCGUUACGGCGAACUAUGGAGAUCUACUCUGGAACCACUCGCUUCGCCUUUGCAUGCAACAUGAGCAACAAGAUCAUCGAGCCGCUGCAAUCGAGAUGCGCCAUCCUUCGCUACUCGAGGUUGACAGAUGCACAGGUGGUGAAGCGGCUUUAUCAGAUCUGUGAGGCGGAGAAAGUGGAAUACAGCGACGAUGGAAUUGCGGCGCUCGUCUUCAGUGCUGAAGGAGAUAUGCGACAGGCCAUCAACAAUCUACAAAGUACACAUGCAGGUUUCGGAUUCGUGAGCGGGGACAACGUGUUUCGGGUGGUGGAUAGCCCGCACCCGAUCAAAGUGCAGGCUAUGAUCAAAAGCUGCCACGAGUCCAAGAUCGAUGAGGCAUUAGACUCGCUUCAAGAGUUAUGGAAUCUUGGGUACUCGUGCCACGACAUCAUCAGCACGAUGUUCAAGGUCACGAAAUCGAUUCCGUCCCUCACCGAACAUACCAAGCUCGAGUUCAUCCGUGAAAUCGGCUUCACACACAUGCGGAUCCUAGAGGGCAUGCAAACAUAUCUGCAGCUCGCCGGCUGUGUAGCGAAGCUCUGCAAGCUGAACAUGGAUCCCAAACUUUUCAAUUCGCAGAAGAGGUGAGAGUGAGCGAGCACAGCUUUUUUGCGUCGGUCGCUUGAUGUCAAUUCUCUCUUCAAAUUUAGCGCGGCGUUGGCAGGCGAUUAGAAUUUUCCAGAACGAGGUCUUUACUCAACGUUGUAUUUUCUCUCUCCCAUCCUCUCCUUGAUCCUGGUCCUCUCCCAGUGCCAUCUGGGCCCUGCCAGAAUUGCCGUCCUUAUGGCUUGACGAUUG